CAAGUUACAAUGUCUCUUUUCGUCGCGUAAAAUGCUCUAUAAAUAAGAAAAAUAUUUAUCUGUUUUUGUUAAACUGUGCAGAGUACACAAUUGAGUCGAAAAAUAUAUUAUUAUCAAACGUACAGUCAUUAUUGUGAUUUUUGAUAAAAAAGUUUAAAAAUGUCUGAUAAAAGCUCCACCACCGCCCAACCACUAGUAAAAAUUGGUCACUAUAUUCUUGGAGCGACCCUUGGUACAGGAACGUUUGGGAAGGUCAAGAUCGGAGAACAUCAACUUACUAAACACAAAGUAGCAGUGAAAAUCCUUAAUCGUCAAAAAAUUAAAAGCCUAGAUGUGGUUGGAAAAAUACGUCGAGAAAUUCAGAAUCUAAAACUAUUUCGACACCCGCAUAUCAUAAAACUUUACCAGGUGAUAUCAACUCCGACAGAUAUAUUCAUGAUUAUGGAAUAUGUUAGUGGCGGUGAGCUAUUUGACUAUAUUGUCAACAAUGGCAAGUUACAAGAAUCAGAGGCGAGAAGGUUUUUCCAGCAAAUAAUUUCUGGUGUAGAUUACUGUCAUCGCCAUAUGAUCGUGCAUCGUGAUUUAAAACCUGAAAAUUUAUUAUUAGACCACAAUAGACAUGUGAAGAUUGCUGAUUUUGGGCUUUCAAAUAUGAUGUUGGAUGGAGAAUUUUUGCGUACUUCAUGCGGCUCACCAAACUAUGCUGCUCCUGAAGUAAUAUCCGGUAAAUUGUACGCUGGUCCCGAAGUGGAUAUCUGGUCAUGUGGCGUAAUUUUAUAUGCUUUACUGUGUGGAACUUUACCGUUUGAUGAUGAACACGUACCAACACUUUUUCGGAAGAUUAAGUCCGGUAUUUUUCCAAUACCAGAGUAUUUGAAUAAACAGGUCGUAAGCUUACUUUGUCAAAUGUUGCAAGUGGAUCCAUUGAAAAGAUCAACCGUUGAAGAAAUCAAGAAGCACGAAUGGUUUCAAAAGGAGUUACCCGCAUAUCUGUUUCCCUCGCCAGUAGAACAAGACAGCAGUGUGAUUGAUACUCAUGCAGUAGCAGAAGUGUGCGACAAGUUUGGAGUUAAGGAGCAAGAGGUUCACAAUGCGUUGCUGAGUGGCGACCCACAUGAUCAAUUGGCAAUAGCCUACCAUUUAAUAAUUGAUAACAAGCGCAUUGCCGACGAAGCUGCUAAGGCAGAAUUAAAAGAUUUUUACGUUGCAGGUAGUCCACCUACUGCACAAGCUCAAUCAGAGAGACACACACCAGUGAAUGAACCAUUCAAGUCGCCAUUGAUUCAUCCAGAACGUAUUGCACCAUUACGUGAAAGGCCUACAAACACGGUUAGUACUCCGGUGGCGAUUCAACACUUUACACCGACAGCUAUUCCAUUAGACAAACAUCGUGGAACACCGGUAAAACGAGCUAAGUGGCAUCUGGGUAUCCGCUCUCAAUCAAAACCAAACGAUAUAAUGUUGGAGGUAUAUCGGGCGAUGAAGGCGCUAGAUUUCGAAUGGAAAAUUAUAAAUCCCUAUCACGUUCGGGUUCGCAAAUUUAAUGCUAGAAAUGAAAAGUACGUAAAAAUGUCGCUACAGCUGUAUCAAGUAGAUGCUAAAAGCUAUCUAUUAGAUUUCAAAUCGCUUACCAACGACGAGGUCGAACAAGGAGAUGAUGUCAUUAUGGAAAGUUUAACACCGCCGCCUCCUGUUGGAUUUGGUGGAAUGGGGAUACCAAAUCAGCCUACUGGUCAUCACACAAUGGAAUUUUUCGAGAUGUGUGCAGCCCUGAUUAUACAGCUUGCUCGUUAGAUGCUAUUUUAUAUUUUGAAGUGAUUAUUCAGUUUUAUGUAUAAGCAUAAAGCGACAUUAAAUUUACGUAUUUGUAAUGCUAAAUAUGGUACCCGAGUACGGCCCUGUGGGCGGGAGUGAUUUCGGUACCGGUAAGCGCGCUAGAGUGCGGGCGAAGACCUCUUUAACAAGUUAAUAAUGGGGUUUUCGAUUGCGGGCCUGGGUGAGAACUGUCAUUUAUGUAUGGACCGAGCGUGCGAAAUAA